UCGAGGCGGUUCCUUCUCCCUCAGUGAGUGGUGAUCGUGGAGACUUAUCAAGCGGAUUUACGAGGCUCUGGCAGUUUGAUUUGUCAUCAUCAUGGAGUGGAACGCAAUGGAAAUUAACCCUGAGAUGCUGAACAAAGUUAUGUCCCAGCUUGGUGUUGAGGGUGGCUGGAAGUUCGUUGAUGUCCUUGGUUUCGAGGCGGAUUCUCUAAGUUCCGUGCCCAGCCCUACAUGUGCACUGUUGCUGCUCUUACCGCUUACUCAGCAGCAUGAAAGCUUUAGAGAAAAGCAAGUGGAGGAGCUUAAGGACAAAGCGACAAACUCCAAAGUGUAUUUUCUGAAGCAGACCAUUGGUAACUCUUGUGGUACUAUUGGCCUUAUUCACGCUGUUGCCAAUAACAAAGACAAACUGAAGUUUGCUGAGAAGUCUGCCUUAAAGGACUUCUUGGAAGAAUCUGCUGCUUUGUCUCCUGAGGAAAGGGCAAAACUCCUAGAAAAGAACGAGGCCAUACAGUCUGCCCAUAAUUCUGUGGCAGCAGAAGGGCAAUGCAGGGUGAAUGAAGAUGUCAGUUUUCACUUCAUAUUAUUUACUGCUGUUGAUGGACAUCUUUAUGAGCUCGAUGGUAGAAUUCCUGUUCCAGUAGACCAUGGUCCAACUUCUGAGGAAUCAUUGUUAAAGGAUGCAGCCAAAAUCUGCCACCAGUUUACCGAACGAGAGAAAGGAGAAGUUCGUUUUUCAGCAGUGGCUCUAAGCAAGUCGGCGUAAAUCUCCCCAGUGGAGCUGGCUUGUUCUGUGAUUGCUGAACGGCGGCUGGUAUUUUACCUGCGUUUAUGCCUUCUAAAAACUUGGUGUUGAAGUGCUUAAAAAAUCUGGAUGUUGCUGUUUAUGCUUUUCUUGGCUUUCACCUAUCCUUGUAACUGUUGAGCACUUCAGUGCAAUCCUUGUUCUGAACAAUUAAAGUUCCUUUGUUUGGAA